AUGGUGAUUUACGGAAUAUACAUAGUCUCCAAGUCAGGUGGACUAAUUUUCAACUAUGACCAUACUGUCCCCAAAGUUGAAACUGAAAAGAAGUAUGCAUAUCCUCUAGAUAUAAAGUUACGAGUAGAGAAUAAGAAAAUUGUAGUGGAGUUUGGUCAAAGGGACGGGGUCAAUGUGGGCCAUGUACUUUAUGCAGUUAACGGAGUUCAAGUUACUGGACAGCAAAUGGAUGAUGGUCAAGAUGCUCUGGAAUUCCUUGGAAAAAAAGAAAACUUCCCUGUGACUCUCAAAUUUGGUAGGCCUAAAAUGACUACCAAUGAGAAAAUAUUUCUAGCCAGUAUGUUCUAUCCAUUAUUUGCAAUUGCUAGUCAACUCAGUCCUGAACCAAAAUCGUCUGGUAUAGAAAUUUUGGAAGCAGAUACUUUCAAACUGAACUGUUUCCAGACACUUACUGGUUUUAAAAUAUUGGUUAUUUCUGAUCCAGCCCAAACAGGAGUGGAAAUAUUAUUGAAAAGAAUUUAUGAAAUUUAUGCAGAUUAUGCUUUGAAGAACCCUUUUUAUUCUUUGGAAAUGCCUAUUCGCUGUGAGCUGUUUGAUAUCAAUUUGAAAAAUUUACUAGAGCAGAUAGAAAAAAUUGGUAUUGCUAAUAUAUGA